AUGCACGACUGGCCAGGCUUCUUCAAGCAAGUUUGGGACAACCUCGAACCUGACGGCUGGCUGGAAACGAGCGAGGUGCAAUUUCCCUGCAGACGUGCCGAUCAGGAAGACCAGAAACCUUCUCCGUUCGUCCAGUGGGGCGAAAACGUCCUGCAAGGCACUCGCAAAGCUGGCAUCGACGCUGCAGCCAACGAGAAAUUCAGUGAUCAGCUUCGAGCUCAAGGCUUUAUCCAGAUCGAUCGUGUGGACGUGCAGUGGCCGAUCAAACCGUGGGCGAAAGGCGACAAGAAUAAGUACCUAGGCAAGCUCCUAUACCGCAACACACUCGAUGCCGUACCCGCCAUUGCCACUGGAGUAUUUACCAGGUGCUUAGGCUGGAGUAAAGAUCAAGUCGACACAUUCUGCAAAGAAGUAAUCGAGGAUGUUGAUGACAAGGAGAGCCACUUCUAUUAUCCAAUGGUGCUCCAUUUAGCUCAGAAGCCGCUCGAUGCGUGA